AUGGACCCCACCACCGAACCCCCCUCCACAGAAGAACAACAAAAGAAAGAAGCCCUAGCAGCCUUCACCGCAACCCUCCACUCCGUCGGCACGAACCUCGAGGCGCCCCUCCGCGACCGUGCAGCUACAAUCACAUCUAACACAGCCGCGCUAGACAGACAGGAAGCCGAGCUGGCAGAGCACACGGCGCGACUGGCGAAGCAGAAUGCGCAGUGGAGUGGAUUCGCAGAUGAGACGCGCGAGGGACUUAAAGAGAUUGGGGAUGUGCAGAACUGGGCGGAGAUGAUUGAGCGGGAUCUUUUGGUGUUGGAGGAGAUGAUGGAUGGGGUUGAGGCAACGGAGGUGCGAGAGGAGGAGAUGGGUGGGCAUGGGCAUGGGCAUGAGGAUGGAGAUGGAGAUGACAUGAAUGGAGUGGUGAAUAGGGUGAAUGGGUUGAGUGUAGGGAAUGGACAGCAUGGGUUGUGGAAUGGAAGUGAUGGAAAGAAAAAGGAGACUAGGAGUUGGUUACGGUGGUGGUGA